CUGUAGGACACACCCUGCUCACUGACUGCUGACCAGGGAGACUGCAUUAGACACUGACCACACAACUCCAGCUCCCCGACGGAGGUGUUAAUCUUAAGGGUCUGACAUUCCUUCCCACCUACUGUGGCCCCACCAGGAUGAUCCCCAAGGAACAGAAGGAGCCAGCGAUGGCUGUCACAGGAGAUCUUGCUGAGCCAGGUGGUGGUAGUAUAAUCCUGGUCUCUUGCUUAGCAGAGCGUCCCUGCCUGUUUAUUUCCCCCCAACAGAUCCUGGCGGGAAGUGCCCGAGGGAAAGUGGCUGGCAGAACAGCACAGGUUACGGUUCUCAAUGGCCCGGAGGAGCAGAACCACGGCUCGGAGCAGAACCAUCGCUCGGAGCUCCACGUUUCCCGGGGGUCACCGGGGGACCCCAGCACGGCCCACCCGGGAGUGACUGGUGUUGAGGCAGUCCGUAGUCCAAGUGCCCUGGCACCAGGCUAUGCAGAACCGCUGAAGGGCAUCCCGCCCGAGAAGUUCAACCACACCGCCAUCCCCAAAGGCUACAGUUGUCCAUGGCAGGAGUUCGUCAGCUACCGAGACUACCCGAGUGGCAGCAUCACCCCCAUUGUUCGCGACUAUCGCAACUUCAACAAGACCCCAGUGCCAUUUGGAGGACCCCAUGUUGGGGAGACUGUUUUCCAAGCAGGCCUCCCCUUUGCUCCAGAGCCAUUCAGUGGCUUGGAACUCCUCCGCCUCAGACCGAGUUUCAACAGGGUUGCUCAGGGCUGGGUCCGGAAGCUCCCUGAGUCUGAGGAGCUGUAG